GGAAGGGUCUGGGAGAGAGUGUGUGUGUGUGUGUGUGUGUGUGUGUGUGUGUGUGAGGGGUAGGGAGGGGGGUCAUGCCCGGGCCUCCGUCGUGAAGUGGCCGCCGCGGUGCAGGAGUCCCAGCAGCCGCCGGAGGCCCAUACCCGCCCCGCCUCCUGCUGCCCACCGCACCGGAUUGGCCGCCCCAGUCACGUGACCGAGACAGCCCGAGCCCAUAAAAGGCAGGCAGCAUGGGCGAGGGUCAUAGUUCAGCUGCGUGGCGCCCGUAGAGCAUGUCAGUGUCCGAGUGGCUCCACCCUGCGGCCUGCCCGGGAUACGCGCCCUUCACGGAUCUCAGCCAGACCCAGCCCGCCGUCACCUGUAGUGCCAUGGCUCAUUACGAGCGUGCCAGUGCCGCCACCCUCCACCAGUGCCCUCCCCCCGGCGAGGCCUCGUCCCCCGUGUGGUCCUCCUCCCUCACCACGGCCUCCUGGCACUCCGAGGGCCGCCCCAGCCCUUCCUGCUCCCCCGUCAGCAGCUGUGAGAGUCUUGAACUCGGCUCGCCGGGUACCUGGGCAGGCUCCUCCAACGGCCCCGCCACCUGGUCCUGGGGCGCCCCUGGCACCACCCACCCCUUGCUGGCCGCAGCCGCCGCCGUCGUCAGCACCUCAGGCACGGGACCGACCACGAACCGCGGCCGCAACGCGAAGUGUCGAAGAAAGACGCCCAAAGCCGUGGGCCGCGACGUUAUGAAGAAGCGUCGCCUAGCAGCCAACGCCCGGGAGCGGCGCAGAAUGAACGGCCUCAACGACGCCUUCGACCGCCUGAGGGAGGUGAUCCCGGCGCUCAGCGGCGACCAAAAGCUGUCCAAGUUCGAGACGCUGCAGAUGGCGCAGACGUACAUCUCGGCGCUGGCCGAGCUGCUGCACUGAGGCGGCCGAGAGGCUGCACAGCGCCCGCCCAUCUAGUCAGUCAUGCGUCCGCCGUGCACCCGAGGCAGUGGAACGAGCGAGGACGGCGCCUUACGUCUUGAGGCAUGUGGGGCGCGCCAGGGUCCGGGGGCCGCCAAGGAAGUCGCCUCCCCCGCCUCUGCCCCGACACCUCCCCGCCUCCCCUCCCCCGCACCGCCCUGCCCCGACCACGACGCUGUGUGAACGAAAGUAUUAUUACCGUGUAAGGCUUCAAGUCCCCGCCGCCAAAGAUAGUUUUAAGGCCAUGUUAAUCUAUGUUCCAAGCAUGUACGUGACGUUAAGCAAACUCUACAAUAAAGACAAACGCCACUUGUUAUGUACCUUGUCUUCAUGUGAUGGUGACAAUCAACAAAUAAAGAUCAU